GCCCGCUUCGGUCUGCGUCUUGCGCCUGCUCAGUAGACGCAACUUGUUGGGCGGGGUUGUUGUGGACGAAUCUUUUUUGCUAUAUUUUUCCAUUCUUUUCUUGUUUUUUUUUUUUUUACUACAAAGAAAACGUGACACAACCAAUCGCUGUCGCCAAGCGGCAACAAAUCAAGACAAGAAGCGGUUGAUAUCUUGCAUAAGUUGCAACUUUUCACAGCGGCGGCGAGGGGGGGGGGGCACGAUGUUCGAGAAAGCCUUCAGGGACUUCGGCAUUCAUUUUAACACUUUGAAUGAAAAGAACACUUUUUCCAGCGGAGACCUGGUGACGGGCCACAUCGCCUUCGUCAUCCCCAAGGCGACGAAGAUUCGCUCCAUCGCGAUGUGUCUGACGGGAAACGUUGACGUCCACUGGACGUCGGGGGGAGGCAAACGGAAAAGGACGUACCACGCCAAAAUGGACUUCUUUCGUCUCAAAAGCACCAUUUUGGAAGAAGGAGCUGUCGGGAGCGCCAGCCAGCUUCCUCCCGGGAGGCACGUGUAUCCAUUUACAUGUCAGAUCCCGCAAGGGGACUUCCCGUCCAGCUUCCGCGGGCCUCACGGACAAAUUUGCUACAAGCUGACCGUGAGCAUUGACAGGCCGUGGCACAUGUCGAAGGACUUCGUGACCGAGUUGAACUUUGUGCACCGCGUCGAUUGCAACCGGCCGGAGCUGACGGCUCCCCUCUCAGGCUCCAACUGCACGAGCGUCUGCUCCCUGAGUUGCACGUCAGGUUCCAUCACAAUGACGGCCAGCGUGGAAAAAAAAGGCUUCGUGCAAGGCGAAACGAUCAGGAUCGUGUGCAACUUCAGCAACGGUUCAUCCCGAACGGUGAUCCCCAAGGCCAAACUGAAGCAGAAGCAGCAAUACAACACGCCUAAAGGGGUCCGAGGACGCUUAUUCGUGAAAAAACUGGACUCUGUGACCGGCCCGCCCGUCGCCGCCCACACCUUUGACGCGCAGACGGAGAUGACGCUCACCAUUCCCGACGACUCGUCGCUCACCAUCACCAACUGCAACCUCCUGCAGGUGGAGUACGAGAUUGAGCUGAGCCUCUGCCUAAGAGCCUCCUCGGACCUCACCGUCCUGUUUCCCAUCGUCGUCUGCGACAUCCCUUUACACCCCCGUUAUCCAGACUAACAUUUCAAAAGUACCUUAUCGAAGAUCCGGAUCCGAUACCUUUUGAGAUUGCAGUACCGGGAUCUCGCUGUUUGAAUGGGAUUUGACCUCAACGUUCUUCUCAGGUUCACCCGGUCUGAUGACACUUUCCUGCGUGGUCAAAGUUACAAACUAUGCAAAGUUUCUAUUGAACAAAUGUUUCUUUUUCCCUCUUUUUUGCCAUAUUUUGAAUGUACAUGUUACGCCUUUAAAAAUCUAUUUGCACUGCCAAAACUUUUAAACGCACUUUAGCCUGAUGUGUGCAGUUUUAUUUUCAAUGAAAAUGACACGGAGGCGUGCGAUUGGCUGGCAACCAGUUGAGGGUGCGCCCCACCUCCUGCCCAAUGAUACCUGGGAUAGGCUCCGGCACGCCCGCAACCCUUGUGAGGAUAAGCGGCACAGAGAAUGGAUGGAUGAUCCAAAUGCUUGCCUUGCUCUUUUAUUGCGGCAAUGUCUUACCGGAGGAAUUUGAAUCUUGCCUGUUUGUUUGAUAUGCGUAUGAUAUGCAUAAUGGAGAAGCUGCAUUUUUUUGAAUGUUUACAAUUAAUGGACAAAAUUAAUAUUAACCAUCUUCAGCCUUAGUAUGAAGCGUUUCCUUGACCCCGAUGCAUUUUGUUAUUAACUUGGCACUUUUACACGUUUUCUCUAAACAGCUUCGCAUACAUUUUAAUAUGUAAAUAAGUUCCUUCAUUAUUAUUUUUUUUUUUGCAUGGUUGUCCACAUCGUGUUAUAUCACUGCCGCACUAUUUUUUUUUUUAUGCAAAUAUUUUUCUUAUAUCGAACCUCUACUAGAGGCUACACAGCCUCAAACGGCACGGUAACAGUUUUGUACUUUAAACUAUUAAAAACAUUUUGUUACCACUAUGUAUCGUGUUUCUAUUGUUUCAUAUUCUCUCCACAUUCAUUAAAUUUAUUGCACCCAUUUUGGUUUGUUUGCACGUUUGGUGGGAAAAUAUCGUAUUUGCCAUCUUGUAUAUUCUGGAUUAUAUACUUUUGUUGCCCAGCGUAAUAGUGAACGCAAACAGUGAAUGCGUCCACGAACUGAGUUUCCCAAGCAGCGUAAUAUGACAACAAUGUAAUGUGAUUUCAUAUCAUGCACUGUAAUAUUCAUCACUCCCAUCUGGUGGAUCGUCAAAUGAAGGAUUAAAUAUUACCCAAAUCAGAUACUACGUAGGACAAGGUAAACCUCACUCCUCAUAUCUGAUGACACAAAGGGGAGGUGUCGAUUUCCCGGCCGGUCUUUGUUGGGAGUCAUAAAGUUAUGUCAACUAUUGUUAUGAAUUUUUAUGGGUGGGUGGAAUACAACUCCCAUCAACCAGAGCAAUAUAUUCACCAGUGGGGAUCGUAUUGUAGGAGAAAUAACAUCAAAACUGAGUAUCCAUCCAUCCAUUUUCUUUCCCGCUUAUCCUCACGAGGGUCCCAGCUGUCAAGGAGCAGGAGGUGGGGUACACUCUGAACUGGUUGCCAGCCAUUUGCAGGGCACAAAGAGACAAACAGACACACUAACAAUCACACCUAGGGACAAUUUAGAGUGUCCAAUUAAUGUUGCAUGUUUUUGGGAUGCGGGAGGAAACCGGAGUGCCCGGAGGAUACCCACGCAGGAAAGGGGAGAACAUGCAAACUCCACACAGGCGGGGCUGGGAUCAAACCCGGGACCUCAGAACUGUGAGGCCGACGCUUUACCAGCUGAGCCACUGUGACGCCCUUAUGUCAGCUCAUGUUAUGAAUUUUUUUGGGUGGGUGGAAGACAACUGCCAUCAACCAGAGCAAAGUAUUUUCACCAUUGCGGAUCGUAUUAUGGGAGAAAUAACAUCAAAACUGACAAAGAACUGAAAAAUAAAUUCACUGAGAUGAAGGGAAAAGCAAAAGUCAGAUCAAUCGGACAUUAUGGAAAAACUUGUUGUACAACACAUUUGAAUCUAAACUUUAACAGCUUUUAGGUGUUCAAAUCAUACAUGUGGCUUACAAUAUUAAUAAAUAUACUUUUUAGGAAGGAAUAAUCAGCCUCAUUUUUUUAGAAAACUCAUGUGCUCGUGUUUUUUAAUGUUGGUUAUGAUGGUGGUUGUUGGGGAGGGGCUACAUAUUUGUGAGCUGAGAGUAAAACAAAAAGAAAACAAAAUGGAGAGCCCCGAGGACAAAGCAGUUCCAUACGUAUCCAAACGAGACGUGGAGUUAAAAAUGCGAUCGAUUCAAGUGACCUGACAGAGGGAUAUUACAUUUUCAUGUUAAUAAAUUUGUCACUCUGGGUUCCCAUCUCUGCCCAUUUACUUUUUUUAAAUCUCCCGCCAACUGUGUAAUUUCUCUUGUGUUUAAAAAAAAAAAAGUGAAAUAG